CACACAAAACCAAAAAGAACGAAGCUCGCUCUUUUCCUUCCUCUCUCUUCUCUCUCUCUCUCUCUCUCUGCACAAAUCGAAGCUUCUUUGACUCUUCUUUGCUUUAAAUUUCAACAUUUGGGGCUUAAUUUCUGUAAAUUCUCCUUAGUUUUCUAUCUCUUCUGUGUUCAUCUCUCAAGUCAAAGCAAAUUUCUAUAAAUUUGUACAUACUGUAGCAUCUCUCCAAAACAACAGAUGCUCUCUCCAAAUUUUCUGUUCUCUGCUUAUUUGUUGAUGUGUUUAUGUACAAAACUAUGAGCCAGUGUGGGGUCUCCUGGGUUUUUAAUCAUCAAGAUCCAAUUGGUUCUCUCUAAAAAAUUUCUGGGUCAUUCUUAUGAACACAUAAUCUUUUAUAAAAAUUUGUGGGUUUUUGUUAAAAUUUGAUUUGAGUUGAACAUAUUACUUGGUUUGGGUUUCAUUUGGGUUUGUGAUCUAUAACAAAUUCUGGUUUCGAUAGAGCCAUGGCGGUCUCAACAAUAGCUUUGUAUGCGAACCCACCUAGCAGCGUAUGUUCAGCACCACAUACGUGCCAAAUCAAUGCACACGCGACGUAUGAUUUUGAGCUGACCUCGAGAUCUUCAUCGGUAGCUUCAUCUAGUUCAUCUUCUUCACAGAAAUCUGUGGUAGGUGGCUUGUCGUGUUUGUUCUCGUCUUCAACUGUGAAACAUUCAUCGUUUUCGGGUGAUAGAGAGGAAUUGGGUUCUUUGUGGCAUGAUAGAGGAGAGGAAUUGAAGGAAUUGAGCAGUUCGUUUCGCUUAUCACCGAGUAAAUAUCUCGGUGGGUCUUCUAUAAAGAGGGAUCAAAGUCCAAUAUCGGUGCUGCAAGGGCCAGUCUCGUGUUCUAGUAGUCCUCCCAUGAGGAUUGCUCGUGAAAGAAGUGCUGAUAUGAGUUUCCAAAGCUCAAUUCAUGGUUCAUUUCGCAGUGGGGCUAGUGGAUUGUUUAAUGGGUUCGUUAGACAUGCGCUAGGAUCUUGUGUUGAUUAUGAUUCGCCGAGUUUUGAUGUUCACAGUGUUGGAACUGAUGGGGGUUCUUCAUCUAUUGCUGUGGAUGAAUUGACAUUUAAUAUGGAGGAUGGUUUUGUGGAGGCUAAUAACGAGCCUUAUGCCAAAGAAUUGCUGAUGGUUGCACAAAUGAGGCACAAAAUCUUUUGUGAAGAUUUUGUUGUGAAGGCUUUUUAUGAAGCUGAGAAAGCUCAUAGAGGACAGAUGCGGGCAAGUGGAGAUCCAUAUUUGCAGCAUUGUGUGGAGACUGCAGUUUUGCUCGCAAUGAUUGGGGCUAACUCUACAGUGGUCGCUGCAGGGCUUUUACAUGACACUAUUGACGAUUCUUUUUUAAGCUAUGACUAUAUAUUUAGGACAUUUGGAGCAGGGGUAGCUGAUUUGGUGGAAGGGGUCUGUAAGCUUAGUCACUUAAGUAAGCUAGCCCGUGAGAACAAUACAGCAAACAAGACUGUUGAAGCAGAUCGCUUGCAUACCAUGUUCCUUGCCAUGGCAGAUGCCAGGGCUGUCCUGAUAAAAUUGGCUGAUCGAUUGCAUAAUAUGAUGACAUUAGAUGCAUUGCCUUUGAUCAAGCAACAGAGAUUUGCUAAGGAGACUUUGGAGAUAUUUGCUCCAUUGGCAAACCGUUUAGGAAUCUCCACUUGGAAAGAGCAACUGGAGAAUCUUUGUUUUAAGCAUCUCAACUCAGAUCAGCACAGAGAUUUGUCUUCUAGACUUGUGCAGUCUUUUGAUGAGGCAAUGAUUACUUCUGCAACAGAGAAAUUAGACCAAGCUCUUAAGGAUGAAGCCAUUUCAUACCAUGUUCUGUCUGGGCGGCAUAAAAGCUUGUAUAGCAUUUAUUGCAAAAUGUUGAAGAAGAAGUUGAACAUGGAUGAGAUUCAUGAUAUUCAUGGGCUCCGUCUUAUUGUUGAAAAUGAGGAUGAUUGUUAUAGGGCAUUAAAAGUCGUUCAUCAGUUAUGGUCUGAAGUGCCUGGAAAAUUCAAAGACUACAUAAAUCAUCCCAAGUUCAAUGGAUAUCAAUCUCUCCACACCGUAGUAAUGGCUGAAGGCAUGGUGCCACUUGAAGUUCAAAUUCGAACAAAGGAGAUGCAUUUGCAAGCUGAGUUUGGAUUUGCAGCUCAUUGGAGAUACAAGGAAGGUGAUUGCAAGCACUCUUCAUAUGUGCUUCAGAUGGUUGAGUGGGCACGAUGGGUUGUGAGCUGGCAGUGUGAGACAAUGAGCAAAGACCAUUCUUCCAUUGGCUGUGCUGAUUCUAUGAAACCUCCCUGUGCGUUUCCUACUCAUUCUGCUGAUUGCCCAUAUUCCUACAAGCCACACUGUGGCCACGAUGGACCAGUCUUCGUCAUCAUGAUUGAGAAUGACAAGAUGUCGGUGCAAGAGUUUCCUGCAAACUCGACUAUGAUGGAUUUGCUGGAAAGGGUUGGACGGGGAAUCUCAAGAUGGUCUUCAUAUGGGUUUCCUGUCAAGGAAGAAUUGAGGCCAAGGCUGAAUCACAAGCCAUUAAGUGAUACUUCACGCAAGCUGAAGAUGGGGGAUGUGGUGGAGCUGACUCCAGCCAUACCUGACAAAUGUUUGACAGAGUGCAGGGAAGAGAUGCAGCGCAUGUAUGACCGGGGAUCGACUACUGUCCCAAGUACAGCAACUGCUGCUGGUGGGAUGUUUGGGUGGAGAAGUUGACCCUUAAUUGAUCGUUCGCCAAGUAGCAUACCAUUUAAUGACAAUUGGUUAUUCUUGUAUAUGCAUGUGUUUGUACAGAACAGUUACAAUGGUUCUGGCAGUGACUUAUUGGAUCCAAAAAUGCCUCCAAAAGAUUUAUUUUAAGUUCACACAACGAAUGAUGACUACUGUAUUGUCUUUUACGCUACCUUCCCUGAUGGCAUUAUUGUAUUAAGUGGAAACUGUCCUGUUGAUGUAAAAUGUAAUUGAAUCUUACAAGCUUGAAGAAAAAUGUGCAAUUUGGGA